UUGCGGAAAUGCACAUGCAAUCUACAGUUGCACUUUCUAUUUAUGUAUUAUGACAGGAAUCAACAAUACUUUUUUGUUUCUGUCAAGUCAUGAGUCAAGUAGAACAUGUUCGUAAAGUGUAUUAGGUUGGAGGUAUGGAUUACAGCGUGUGUGAAUUAUUAAUUGAAAAGAAACAAUGCUUCGUCAGGCGCGCAUUGAUCGGUAUUUUAAAUCAACAAACAAACAAAGAUUAAACAAUGCGAACGACAAAAAACCGGUUCAGUUAAAAUCUACUCCUCUGACGCAAAGUAACAAGAAAAGGAGAAAUGUGGGGAAGAAAAAAUUUUCUUUAUCGCAGAAUAAUAUACAAUCUGAGAGAACAUCAAAAGGUGCUGUUACAUAUUCAGAUGUUAGCAAAUCGAAUCUCGACGAUUCUAAAGACAAUGCAUAUAAAUACAAUGAAUUAUUAACAAGAAAUAAUAACGAAGAAUCAGGCAUAAACACAAAGAAAAAUGAGGAAGAAAGUGUUUCAUCCUCACAGAAUAGUAUUCAAUCUGUAGCAUCAUCGGACUGUGUAAUUGUGUAUGAAAAACCCAAUGAUGCACUUGUGGGGAAUCAUGAAAAUACAGACCUAUCGUUUGAGGAUUUUUGUGACAUAGACAUGUUAUUUCAGGAUGAUGAAUUAAAUGACAGUAUCGAAUUAUUUUCUAAAGAGAAUAAUAAGACAGAAUCAUCUAGAAAGAUGACUAAUAGUAAGCGUUCAUUGUCACCAACUAAUCACACAAAACAUAAAGCAAAAAAAAAUAUGUUACAUGAUAAUGAAACUCAUUUAAGCAUACCAGAAAAUGAAUUGGGAAAAUCUACGAGUUCUAAUGAAGCAUCAGUAUCAAAUAAUAUUUUGCAGAUGAGACAUAUAAAUGUGCCUGACAUACCAUUCAGUAAUGAUGAAGUUAAUGUUUUAAAUAAAACUCCAAAUAAAGAAGUAAGAACUCCUAACAAAGAUAAGUCUCCGAUGACAAGCUUUAGUGGUUCUAGUUCUACAUCUAAAAAGUCGAAUUAUUCUCCUAAAUCGCCAUCCGCUAAAUCACGAAAACAUAUUGCAAGGAAAAGAUUGUUUAGUAACACUAUAAAUGUUGAUAUUGUAAGCAAGGCAAUUGAAAACAUGAACUUAAUCAAACAAGGUGCUAUUUCACCAAAUGAGUUCAAUUUGGAAAAAAUAUAUUCUGAGGAUACAUUUAAAUAUUGUUAUAGUGAAAUAAAUACUCAGACUUUGAUGAAGUAUAAUCUGACUCGAGUAACUUUGCCUACAGAUCUAAAUGCAAAGAUUUUAAUUUUUUCUAUUCUUACUGUCAUGUCCGAGCCUAUUAAUUGCGGUUACUUCGAGGAACACGAGUUAGAUUUCAUAUAUGUCAUUCUUACCCUUCCAGAAAGAGCUCAAAUGUUAUUGGCUCGUAUGAUAAAAAGAAAAAGAGAUUGGCACCGUUUGCGCAACAUAAAUUAUUCAGAAAUAGCCGCAGAUUUAAAAGAUACCUUCGAACUUCUUCAAUCGCGAUCUAUUUGCACGUGCGAUGUUAAGAAGGAAGAUUUGUCUGUCAUACUGGAUUUAUUACAAGUUGACGAACUUCGUCGGCUCUGUCAAUGCAUGAAAAUAGACGUCAAAGGGAAAAAAGAAGCUAGUAUAAAAAAAUUGUUAAUGUUGUCAAAGAAUAAAUCUUUAUUUCCGGGAAUGAGAAGUCCAAGCACUGCUUUGUACAGUUCUCUUUUUAGCAUAUUGGAUUAUUGUGUACGUGUGAAAGAGGAAACGUGGAAUAUUAUUGAUACAAUAAUGACUUUGCUAUUGCCGUAUCAGAGUGGAAUAAUGACUAUGUCGGAUAUAUUCUACAUGCUGGGCGAUGUUUACUUAGAAAAAAUCAUUUUCCCCGAUGUUCCUAACAAUCGUUUUCCAAUAUUUUCGUCUAAAAUACAUUUAAUGAAUUAUGUGUAUGCUAGAUCUACGUUGUUCACGACAAUGAGCUUCAUCGAGAAGAAGAAUUGGAGAAAGGUGAAAAUAUUCGGAGAGAUGGCAACGAAUAUAUUGCCUAAGAUGUUAGAAACCGAAUCUAUAAGACUGCAAAAUACUACACUUCCCAUGCAUGUGAGACGUUUUAUGCCUGGAUACGUGUGGUUGAAGAUACUUUCAAAAACUAUUGAUGCGUUCAAAAAAGAUGCGGACAAAUCACGCGUCGUGAAAAUUUUGCAUCUGUUGUUAAACCAAGAGUGUCAUACGCAUACAUAUAAAGGAAGAUGGUACUGUGAAUUAGCGCGUAUUAAAAUGUUCCAUUAUAAGGAUUCAGAUACUAGUGCAUUAAUAACAAUAAAGGCCUUGAAUACUGAAAACUUAUCACGAGUAGACAAAGUAGACCUCAUAAACAGAGGAAAUAUGAUUCUUAGAAGAAAGACUGGCGUAAAGUCAGAUACAAAAGUAAAUAUUAAGAAGGUAUUAGACGAUCACAUUUGCCAAAUGCCAAGAUAUGAGGCUGCGUCUAAUAUUAUUGACGCCUCAGCAAUGCCGAGGACUGCUCGCGGAAGUAAGAGCGUUUGGUGCGUGGAAAGUGGUACUGAAAGUCAGAGUUAUGGAUCAGUUGAAGCGUUCGCCUUGUAUUACUACACGGAGAAUGGGUUUUCCAAUGGAUUACACUGUGAAGGAAAUUUACCAAUUCUUUUAUUCAGUACUUUGUUCUGGGAGGAAUUAUAUAACGAGGACAUUCCUGGAGCAUUUAUGACCCCGUAUCAAGAUGCUCCAUUUGAUCUAUAUACGGAGCAUUUUUAUGAAAAUAGAAAAGACACUAUAGAUACAAAGUUGCAAAUUAUUAGCACUGUCGAUGCAGAAUAUUUCAGCUGUUUUAUGGAAGAAAGUUAUAAAACUCGUAGUCAUUACCGGUCUUUGAUGCCAUCGAAUUUCCUGAAACAAAAUUCUCAUAUGAAAGAAAUUGUCUAUUGUCUGGGAGUUGAAGGCGUUGUAGGAAUUUGUAAACGAAUGCUCGAUAAUUUUAAGCUCUGGAAGGCUGGAUUUCCUGAUUUAAUUGUCUGGAAUUAUACCACUAGACAGCAUAAGAUUGUAGAGGUAAAAGGUCCUCGAGAUGUUCUUUCGACAAAGCAACGAUUGUGGUUGGAAUAUCUAAACGAACUUGGACUUAACACUGAAGUGUGCCUGGUACAAGGUAGGAAAGAUAUUGUACCAUCUUGAACAUG